AGUCUGAGGAGAAUCUGGUCUGAAUGAGAGCAGCUCGUCUAACAGCCUGAGUUUAACUGUGUGAUGUCCGACUGGGAAACCGACUACGACGAGGAUGGCGGUGCAGUUUCAAAGCCUUCACCUGUCCUCACAGCCCCGCGCACAGACUGGAAGGUUCCCUCACACGGCGGUGGUAAAGAAAGUGUGUGUUUUGGAGGGAAGCGUGGAGGGAGAGUGGAGGGAGACGGAGCCCAGUGGCGAAACUGGAGGGAGCGGGACAGGGACACCGGCUCCGCCGAGGGAAGUGACUCUAACCGGGGGAGGUUCAGAGCACAGAGCGGUGCUGCUAGAUCAGCUUCCACACCACCUCUCACCGUCAGUAUAGACAGCUCUAUGAUUGGCAGAGUCAUAGGUCGAGGCGGUGUGAAAAUUCGGGAACUGGAGGAGACUAGUGGAGCCAGAAUAAAGAUUGAUCAUGGAGAUUAUGAGGGCAAGGUGCUGAUCUUUGGCAGCAGUGAAGUUCAGCAGAAAGCCAAAGAUCUGAUAGAGGAGCUGAUCUCACCCGAUCCAGUCCAGGGGGCAGGUCUUUAUAAUGGUUCAAGGAGUGACUCCUGCUGGUCAGCAUCUGCACUCCAGUCUUCAUCUACUGCUUCCUCUUCUGCUCCCAUAGACUGGAACGCCAUAAGAGAGAACAAACAGAAAUAUGAGACUCUAAAAUGGCAAGAUCUUCCACCCCUGAAAAAAGAUUUCUAUAUUGAGGAUGAGGCGGUGGCCAGGCGCAGUGCAGAGGAGGUCAAAGCAUGGAGAAAAAAGAACAAUAAUAUUUUUGUGGAUGAUCUGAAAGAGGAAAUGAAAAGAGCCAUCCCUAAUCCUGUGUACACGUUUGAAGAGGCUUUUGCUUGCUACCCUGAAAUAAUGGAAAACAUAGUAAGAGUGGGGUUUCAAAAGCCAACACCCAUUCAGUCCCAGGCAUGGCCUGUUGUUCUCAGUGGGCUGGAUUUGAUUGGCAUUGCUCAGACUGGAACUGGAAAAACUCUGUCCUAUUUGCUUCCAGGUUUCAUUCACAUGGACCAGCAGCCUGUGCCCAGAGACAAGCGAAGCGGCCCUGGAAUGCUGGUCUUGACUCCGACUCGAGAACUGGCACUUCAGAUCGAAGUAGAGUGCAGCAAGUACAGCUACAAAGGCUAUAAAAGUAUUUGUGUUUAUGGAGGAGGGGACAGACGAGCUCAAAUUAAGACAGUGUCCAGCGGUGUUGACAUUGUGAUUGCCACACCGGGACGACUAAAUGAUUUACAGAUGAACGAGUUGAUCAACCUACGUUCUAUUACUUACUUGGUAUUGGAUGAGGCAGACCGAAUGUUGGAUAUGGGCUUUGAGCCUCAAAUUAUGAAAAUAAUUUUGGACAUUCGACCCAACAGACAAACGGUUAUGACCAGUGCUACUUGGCCAACUGGUGUGAGGCGUUUGUCCAAAUCUUACCUGAAAGACCCCAUGAUGGUGUAUGUGGGCACUUUAGAUCUGGCGGCAGUGGAUACAGUCCAGCAGACGGUAUUGGUAGUGCAGGAGGAGGAGAAGAAGUCGUACAUCUUCGACUUUAUUCACAAUAUGGAGGGACAGGACAAAGUGUUAAUAUUUGUUGGAAAAAAGAUUGUAGCAGACGACCUGUCCAGCGAUCUUUGUCUGCAGGGAAUUAAAGUUCAAUCCCUGCAUGGAGACAGAGAGCAGUGUGACCGAGAAGAGGCUUUGCAAGACUUCAAAGAUGGACAUGUACGUAUCCUGGUGGCCACUGACCUGGCCUCUCGAGGACUGGAUGUUCAUGACAUUACGCAUGUCUUUAACUACGACUUUCCUCGCAACAUUGAAGAGUACGUGCAUAGAGUUGGUCGAACCGGCCGUGCAGGGCGGUCUGGAGCUUCUAUAACCCUGAUUACUAGAGCUGAUUGGAAGACUGCAGCCGAACUUAUACACAUCUUGGAAAGAGCCGGCCAGGAGGUACCAGAUGAUCUAGUACUGAUGGCUGAACGCUAUGACAAACACCAGCGGGAGAAGGAGAUGUUCUCUUCUAAACCCCAAGGACAGGGAUGGGGACGAAGAGGAGGGACAAGAAAUGGAUUCAAAGAAAACUCGAAUCGGCGCUUCUGAUCAAUGAAGGGGGAAGAGGCCAAUCAAGUUCAUCAGGCACCACCCUUAAGUUUUUGUUGCUUUUUUCCUAAGGAGCCUGAAUAUUGUUUACUUUAAUGGUUCCAUGUUAUAUUUUCUUUUCCUGGUUGAUUAAAUUAUUAUUUUCAGUUUUCAUCCAUCUAAAAUGAGAAAAUGUGUGUAAUUAAUAAUAAACAGAAAUGUCAUGUUCAAGUGACAAAUAAAUAUUUCUCAGAAUCCAAAUAA